AUGCAAUUGGAAGUUCUACGAAUGGUUACGAAAAAAUUGGCCGAGAGUAAUGAUCGAACCAAGAUCAAAUUGACCAUCGCAGGCGGUUGCCGAAAUCAUGAGGACUAUGCACGUGUCAAAACUUUAAAGGAUUUGAGUGCGGAGUGGGGAAUAGCUUCAAAUGUGGACUGGAAGCUCAAUGUUCCUUAUGAGGAACUGCUUGAUCUACUAUCGGAGUCGCUGAUCUCAAUCCAUACAAUGUGGAAUGAGCAUUUCGGUAUUUCUGUCGUUGAGGGAAUGGCCGCUGGGACAAUAAUGCUGGCACAUGACUCUGGUGGUCCGCAAAUGGACAUCGUACUGCCCAUAGAUGGCAAAAAAGAAACACAGCCAAUAGGCUUCCUGGCAGCGACGAAAGAGGAAUAUGUGAGGCUAAUCUUGCACAUUGUGGAAAUGUCGCAGUUGGAGCGUGAUGCUGUACGCGAAGCUGCGCGAGCAUCAGUAAGCAGAUCAGUGAGAAGGAAUUCGAGCGGAAAUGGAAUGUGGCUAUUGAGCCGUUGUUAA